AUGCCACAAAGAUGUCUUAUGACUCUCCCCUUGGUGCCCUUAUUGCCCUUAAGCCGCCUUCUCAAGUUCGGACCCAGUCCUACCCUCGCUUCUCCCGCCGCCCCUUCGCCGCCGCCGCUGCCACCACCGCCACCGCCGCAGCCGACACCGCCAAGUGGUCUGUCUGAGCGAAGUGAGUGA